UUCAGUGUAAACGGAAGUGAACAGUGACCAAGAAGAAUUUCCACAUUAGCGUUUUUAUUGUUCCUAUUAAGACGUUUAUUGACAACAUGGAACUCAAAAUAUGACUCAUUUAACUGCACAGCAUCACAUACUUACCCCAUGUAGUCUUUAAUUCGCGUUGGAGGCAGGACUUGGUUGAUAUAAUUUUUUUUAGGUAACGCUAGUUAGCUGCUAACAAUGGCUGACUGUAUGGUUUUUCACACUCAAAUAGCCUCCAUCAUGGAGGUGCUAGCGAAUGCAGCCGUAGCAGAUAUCUGUAAGCUCGUAGACGACGACUAUGCAGUGUUUCGUUUGGAAAUAACUCAUAGCCAGAAAGAAAACAGGGCAUUGCGUAGGAAACUACAGCUUCUGGAACUGAAGGUGUCACGGGAGCGCGCAGAGAGGACAACGCGAGAGCGCGUUCUCGCCAGUCGUCCCAGUAGUGUCAAGAUCCUCGACCGAUACAGAGGAAUGGCAAGAGGUGAAGGACACCUCACUGGAGGUCACAGGAGCUUUGUGAAGCCAGCGGGACACAAUACAUGGCGAGAUGACCCACCAAUCACUGUUGAUGAGCUGAGUGGAACCUCAACCCAGCAUGUUAUCGUGAUAGAGUCUGCAAAUGCAGAGGCUGCAGGUCCUGGGGUCAAGCAGGAGAGGUCUGAAGGAGAGGAGGACACACGUCACAGCAGAGACAUCCAGGCUAGAGCGUCCCCUGUACCCACGGAGGACCCUACCACCGCCCCAGCGCAACCCAGGACCCGACGCAGGAUCACGGAGGAGGAGGAGGGUCCAGAGGUGCUGCUGGUGAAGAAGGAGGGGUGUGAGGAGGGUCUGGGGAACCCUGAGGGGAACAUGGUCAUGGAGGACAACCAGACUACACCUCCUCCUGAAACCACAGAAGAACCAGCUGAGCAGCACAGGACCACACACAGUCUCACUGAGCCAGUAGACAUGGAGGAUGGGAAGCCUGAUCUGCUGCUAGUCAAAGAGGAGACAGUAGAAGACGUACCAGAGAGCAUUGACCUGCUGAGUGGACUAAAGAUGGGGGAGCAAGGUGGUUGGCUGGAGGUUAAAAGAGGAGACUGGGCGGCCAUCUUGGAUUCCCAGACCGGAGCAGCCAAGGGUCGAGGGGACGACAUCACCGAGCUGUCCAGGGCCAGAGGCGACAUAGUGGAGAUCAGUGGAUGGGACAGAGUCCCUAAUGUCGAGCUGGGGAACAACACUGUUAACCACAACCCAAAACAGACUGUCGAACACAAAACAACAGCCAAACUUAAUUUCCAUGACAACAGACUGGCUGGGACCAGGGCGAGGCGUAGAUUUGGUCUGCGAGGACGAGGUGGUGUCUGUAUGCGGCAGGAGAGAACAGACACAGACUCUGCUAGCGAUGCUCCGUCCUGCUCCUAUAGUUGUGAUUCAGAGAGACUGAUGGCGCCUCAGGUUAACCACCUAACAGAUGCUGCCUUCAGCCUGCCUUCUAUAGGAUCUAUCAACUGGAACAUGGACCCUGUAACAACACAGACACUCCCUGGCCUUCAUCCUCCUCACACUCCCCUAAUGUUAAACCAGACCUCAGACAAUGCCAGUGCCUCAACACUAAAUGGCUACACAAGCCCAUUGACAAAUGACAGUAGUAGAGAUGGAAUCAGUAAAGGUGGUGGCGCCAAAGAGAAGCGAUUCCCGUGUUCGUUCUGUGGGAAAGCGUUCAGUUUCCCCCAACAGGUGGAGAUCCACCAGAGGAUGCACACAGGGGAGAAACCGUUCAGCUGCAACCUGUGCCGGGUCAGUUUCUCCCACUCAUCCAGCCUGAAGAGGCACCAGAGGGUCCACACAGGGGAGAAACCGUUUGGCUGCCACCUGUGCCGGGUCAGUUUCUCCCACACGUCCAGCCUGAAGAGGCACCUGAAGGUCCACACGGGAGAGAGGCCGUUCGCCUGUACGCACUGCGAGAAGAGGUUCUCAGAGAGGAGCUACCUCAGGUUACACCAGCAGAAAAUGCACACGGGCCAUGUAUAGUGACAUAUAAUGUAGUAUUAGUUAGUUUGUAGUUAAUUAUGUUGGUUUUGGAUGUAGUGGGGAGCUGGAUGAGGUGACAUGAGGGAAGAAUGAGUAUGAUAAGGCAGAGUAGAUGAUAUUGUGAUGAUUGGUGUGAUAGUGUCUGUAAAAAUGUUUCACUGAUGAAGAGUGGCAACCUUAUCAUGGUGUUUGAUAAUGAGGAAAUGAUAGUGCCUUAAUUCAUGUUUACUUGGUAUAAAGUAAUGAAGCUGUGUGUACUGUAAUGUUGAACCUUUUCCAAAGUAUUCUCAAAUUCAUUUUAUCAAAGAGAAGGGUACCAGAUUUACAGAAAAGGUAAACUGUUACCAUAGUGAUACAAGUUAUUCUCCAUGUCACUAGGGCUGUUGCGGUAAUCCAGCAUUCAUGCGUCAUGACCGCAAUAAAAUUCUAUGUGACCAGUCAUGGUAAUCUCCUUUUAAGCACUCUGGACAUAUGUUCGUAGUACCCAACUCGGUAACGAUCAUCAGGUCGCUAAUGGCCUGGUACUCAGGGCUCUAUUGCCCUUCUAGCCACUCUGACAUCAAUGCAAAUGUAAUCGAAAAUCACAUUAAACACUUAUCAUCAAAA